ACGUAUACAAAUGCAGAGACCAGAACACGGACAAGCUGUUAGCUUCUUCCAUGGAGGCCAGCAACUGCUCCAUUGCACUGGAAACGGCAGGCCAUGCUGCCGGUGCAUACGGCACAGGCGUACUGGCUCUGCUGCUCUUGUCUUCGCUGACUCUGAUCGGCGCGUUCCUGGUGUACUUCUACGCGCCAUUCUGGGCAGUGAGGAAGGUGCCGGGGCCUCCGACGAGGUUCCCCCUCGGCCAUCUCCAUCUUCUCGCCAAGAACGGCCCGGACGUCCUCCGCGCCAUCGCCAAGGAGCACGGCCCGAUCUUCAGGUUCCACAUGGGGAGGCAGCCGCUGGUGAUGGUGGCGAACGCGGAGCUGUGCAAGGAGGUGGGGAUCAAGAAGUUCAAGGACAUCCGGAACCGGAGCACCCCGCCGCCGACCGUCGGGUCGCUGCACCAGGACGCGCUCUUCCUCACCCGGGACUCCACCUGGUCCUCCAUGAGGAACACCGUCAUCCCGCUCUACCAGCCGGCGCGCCUCGCCGGGCUCGUCCCCACCAUGCAGUCCUACGUCGACGCCCUCGCGGACAGCGUCGCCGCCUGCCCGGACCAGGACUGCGUCCCCUUCUGCCAGCUCUCCCUGCGCAUGGCCAUCGACAUCAUCGGCAAGACGGCCUUCGGCAUUGAGUUCGGCCUGAUCCGCAGCAAGGCCGAGGACGGCGGCGGCGAUGACGACGUGAGGGAGCUGCUGGAGGAGUACAAGAGGUCCAUGGAGUUCAUCAAGAUGGACCUGUCGAGCUCGCUGUCCACCAUCCUCGGGCUCUUCCUCCCGUGUGCCCAGACGCCUUGCAAGCGGCUGCUGCGCCGGGUGCCCGGCACCGCGGACUACAAGAUGGAGGAGAACGAGCGCCGUCUGUGCCGCCGCAUCGACGCCAUCAUCGCUGGCCGGCGCAGGGACCGCGGCGACGAAAAGAGCAGCAGCUCCUCCUCCCCGGCCGCCGCGCUGGACUUCAUCGCAGCGCUGCUGGACGCCAGGGAAAGCGGCGCCAGGGAAUCGGUGUUGGAGGACCGACACGUCCGCGCGCUGGCGUACGAGCACCUGAUCGCCGGGACCAAGACGACCGCAUUCACGGUGUCAUCGGUGGUGUACCUAGUGUCAUGUCACCCGCGCGUGGAGGAGAAGCUGCUCGCCGAAGUGGACACGUUCGACCUCGACAGCGGACGCGCACCCGACGCCGACGACCUCCAGAGCAGGUUCCCCUACCUGGACCUGGUCAUCAAGGAGGCCAUGAGGUACCACCUCGUCUCGCCGCUCAUCGCCAGGGAGACCUCCGAGCAGGUGGAGAUCGGCGGGUACCUCCUCCCCAAGGGCACCUGCGUGUGGCUGGCGCCGGGGGUGCUGGCACGCGACGCGCGGCAGUUCCCGGAGCCCGAGGAGUUCAGGCCGGAGCGGUUCGCCGCGGACGGGGAGGAGGAGCGGGCGCGGCACCCGUACGCGCACAUCCCGUUCGGCAUCGGCCCCAGGGCGUGCGUCGGCCACAGGUUCGCGCUGCAGCAGGUGAAGCUCGCCGUGGUGCACCUCUACCGGCGCUACGUCUUCCGACACUCCCCGGCCAUGGAGUCGCCCAUCCAGUUCGACUUCGACCUCGUCCUCGGCUUCCGACACGGCGUCAAGCUCAGGGCCAUCACCAGGACCAGGGACUGAUCGACAUGCCCUGAAUUGUCAUCCACGAGCGCAUAUAUAGACAUGGUACAAUAGCUUGUACACAUAGUAUGGUGUGUGAGUGUGACUGAAUUUACUACUUGCUCCGAUCUAUAAUAAGUGUCAGUGUUUUCGUUCAAAGGUACCCAACACUUAUUAUGGAUCAGAGGGAGGGAGUGCAAGAGCAUGUUGGGAAAUGUCGUGUGAUUAAGCUAUUAAUAGUCUGAUUUAAUA